UUAGUAACGGAUAUGGAGGGAGGAGAAGGGCGGUGCAUGAAAAGGUACGCGGUUGGUGUGCAGGACAAGGUUGUAAUGAAUCGGAUAAUGCUCAGAUUCCGGCCGAUUGCUCCGAAACCGGCUACCGGAGGCUCUGGUUCAGGUGGUUCAGCGACUGAUAACAAGGACGUGUUUAUGAAAAAAGGAAGGACAAAGAGAAAGUAUGUUAGGGUUCGGAAGAAUCGUGGGACAAGGCCAAAAAAAAGCACAACCGAGGGAGAAAUGAAAGAAUAUAAAGAUGGGUUGAACAAGAAGGUGGUGACUCUGCAACUUUUGCCAGAGAAUAGUGAACGGAAUGAAUCUCCGGAGAGUGGAUCUGGGUGCAGUUCUGAUUGUACGGAAACCAUCAAGAACGGUCAGGGAAUUGGGGUCCCACCCAUGUGUUUGAACUUCAACAAGGCUGUCCGUAAUGACCUGGGUAGGACGGUGGUGAUGCGACAGAUGAGGGGUGUAAUGGAGUCGUGGGUGACGGUGGAGAGCGUGACCGACACAUGCAUGGAUGUGCGAAUGCUGGGGAGUACGGACGUGGAGCGGAUGAGAAAUCUGGAAGAGGACACGUGUCCCGGGUUCGUGUCGGACGAAUCGAAUAGGGUUUUCUGGGUGAAUGGGGCUUUCAAGAAUAUGAUGAGCUACCGUAAUGACGGCCUGUCACCGGAAAUAAUAACGGUGUGGUUAGUGGCGGAAGAGAAGCUGCCGUACUUGUACACGGCCUUUACGUGCCAAGUAAAGCUGCAAUACAGGCGGGGGAAGGAUAACUUCUCGCAAAUACUGCCUUGUGAUGCGUGGAAGAUGGACGGUGGAGGAUUUGCAUGGAGGCUUGACGUUGAAGCUGCCCUUAGUUUGGGCCGUUGAUUGGGAUCCAAGGGCAAAGAUUUAAAAGAACUCAGGUAAUUUUCAACCAAAAAACUGUAUCUUUAGGUCUCGUACGUAAUAUCGAUAUGUAUUAGCAAUAUAUACAGGAAGACGUGAGUGAGAACGAAAUGGAUAAGCUCUGAAGAAUGCUUGUCAUAUAUAACUCAAUUCUAUAUUAAUAUGAACGCACUGAAAUGCCUUUAAGGAUUGACUGAACAAUGGGAAAAGAAGUGAUUGAUAAGCAUGACAGAACUCACACAGGAGAUAGCAUUUUGUGGUGGGUGUCGCCUGGUUCCUCCCCCUGCAUUGAUAGGA